AGGGAACAAAAGAAAUCGUGGCUCUAUAAAAGCCUUCCGUGAAGCUUUUGGGAACCUUGCCAUCUUGCGCUCAUUGUGCAAAGAAGGUACAGUAAUAUAAACAAUAGGUCUUUAUAUACUAAUAAUUGUGAUAUAGGAGUAUUGUGCCAUAUGUAAUACGCCAUGUAGAUCAGUAGAUGGCAUGCGCAGUUACCUAAACUUGGUAUUAAAGGUUAACAGUGUUUUACCAAAUCUGAAUGAGGAAAUAUAGUCCGGGUAAUACAUACAACCAGAGUGAAAUCGGCUAAUUGACAAAUACAACCAGUGGCAGUGCCGCCAAGAGAGGGGGCAGGGGGAGGGCAAAUUGCCCUGGGCCCCCCAUCUUAAUAGAGCCCAAACUUGAAAGUGAGAGGCUAAAAUUGAGUAGGUUCUACAAAUUGGUCAGAGCAUUGUUGAAAUCGAGGGCCUCUUACAAUUCCUCAACAUGCAGUCUAGCCAAGGUCUAGCUUAAAAAUAAUGAUGGCAUGGGUCCCUCAUGGAAGAUUUGCCCUGGGUCCCGUCAUGCUAUUUACUUUUCUCUUUCACUUUAACUAAUACCAGAUGAUUCUACCUGUUUAGUGGAGAAUCCUUCAGCAUGGGUAAAUCUGUGAUCAUUUGCUGUUUUAGGAACACCAAUUUUAUCUCUCACUGGGACAGCUGACAAAUCAACAGUAAAUGCAAUAAAGACAAGCUUGUCCAUGAAAUCACCCAUUGAAAUUUUUGUCAGCCCAAACCGCCUAAACAUUCGAAUUUCAGUGUCAAAGUGUUCAAAGGUUGACAUGUUAUCCCAACUAAACUGGCUUAUUGAGCUUGUGAAAGAAAAAGGAACAAAUACUCCAAAGACUUUAAUUUUCUGCAACACAAUGAACGAAAUUGCAAGGGUUUGUAACUACUUACUUCUAAAGCUUGGUGAUAGUGCUUUCUGUCAGUCUGGUGAAAAAUUAGCGGAAAACUGUAUGAUUGGAAUUUACCAUUCUGCAACUUGGGAUACACAAACACAGAGAAUUGUAGAUGCACUGAAAAACACAGAGUCCUGUUCCAGCAGAAUAAUUGUGGCAACCACUGCUCUAAGUAUGGGAGUGAAUUUCCCUGAUAUUCGUUAUAUCAUCAAUUGGGGACCACCUAGAACACUGCUGGACUAUCAUCAGGAGAUUGGUCGGGCUGGAAGAGAUGGCAAGCAGUCUGAUGCUUUGAUUAUUUUUAAUGGGCAACAGCUAAGCCAUUGCGAGGAUGAUGUAAAGUACUUUGCGAAAUCGUCUAAUUGUUACAGAGUGGCCAGCCUAUUUCCUUUUGAUGCUAAUAUCAAGCCUCUGGAACCUUUGCACAACUGUUGUUCAUUGUGUAGAGGUACAUGUUCGUGCAUAGAGUGUGAUGACAAAGCAUUAGAAAGCCUUCCUUUCGAAACAAUUGAAACUGUUGUGGGUUAUAGUGAUGGACCUUCCUUCAUUAGAUCAGUAUCAUAUGAUGACCAGGAAGAUCUGAAAAGUGCACUCACAGAGCUUUUUGAAAGCUUUGUAAACAAGCAGGAUGAAAUGGAUGUAAACUUUUAUGAACAGCUUACAACUGAAAUAGUUUCAAACUGCGAAAAAAUUUUCACAUUGGAAGACAUAAUCACAAACUAUGCAGUCUUUUCCGUGAAACGUGCCAUAAGUAUUUUGGAUAUUUUUAAUGACAUAUUUAAUGAUAUAACAUCAAUACCCUUGUUUAGAGAACUUGAAUUUAUUGAUUGUUUAGUUGACCAACCUUUUUGGUCAGUGACCAACUACACUGGACAUUACUCGUCUUCAGAAUCUGACAGUGAAAUUGUGUAA